AUGCGAUUUCUAAUUAUUCAACAGAAAAAAAAUACAAUUAUUACUAAAACGAGCAUUGAGAUAAAUAAAAUAGACCAAAGUAACUUUGAUGCAAUAGAAAGAGAAAACGAAAUCUCCACAAAAACAUUAAAACCAGAUGAUCUUAUUACUUCGCAAGACUUUAGUAUUGUAGACGAAGCUCUUCCACGUCAAGAUCUAAAAGCCGGUCUUAAAGAUUUUGUACACAUACCACCCAUACACAUACAUAUCAGGAACAGAAUAUCGAAAGAUUCUAGAAGAAAAGGCUAA